UCCAAGCACAGCGAGUCAUUGGGUCGUGGUUUCUGCCUAGCAUGAAGAUAUAGUGCUUACGGCGACAGCAACACAUGGAUUAUCAAGCAGUGAUCGGUUUGUGAUCGGCAGUGGGUUUGAAGGAUUCAAUCCCUUGCAGACUAUAAUUACGUAUAUAAAUGUUCACACAUGACUGUUCGCUGGUUCCGAUGGUGGUUGAUCUUUACAACCACACUGCUUGGUUGAUAUUUCACCACAUUGCAUGCCAAUAUGUCUUCAUACAGCCUUCCCACCCCCCGGCGGAUCGUCAUAUCCAACGCUACGAAAGACCUUGCUGGACACGGCAGUGGAAAUGAACCGGCGGUCGAGGUAGUCACAGAGGCUGUCGAGGCUGACGAGAUCUUUGGAGGGGUUAUGAAAAGAGCCAACAUUGGGACGAUCACAAUCCCUGCGACCAACGACGGACCCCAUACCACAGUUGCCGCUCCUGGUGCAGGCGUUGUCCUGCCUGGCGGCGCGAACCUUUACUUCCUAGAUCUGGCCCCGGGAUACACUACUCCUAUGCAUCGCACAGUUUCUAACGACUACCUGAUUGUCCAAACCGGCUCUCCCGUUCUAAUUACGCCGGCCUCUUCGUUUGACGCUAAGGAUGGCAGAGGCAGUUAUACAGAGACUGUUGAGACUGUCUGUCACCCUGGCGAGGUUGUCAUCCAGAGGGGUGCAAUGCAUGCUUUGUCGAACCGAGGCGAUACUUGGAUUCGUCUAUUUGCGAUUGUGUUCGAUGCGAAGACCCAAAAGAUUGAGGGAAACGAUGGAAAACCGGCCGUAUCUCUAGGAGAGUUGUGGCUGCAGUGAGCUAGAUGUGUAUAGCAGACUCAGCUAAAUGUCAAGCUUCGCUAGGGGUGUCGGUAGCAUGGGACAAAUGGGUCGUAUUCUUGGGCGAGGACUUUGUCAGCAAUCGAUUUGAUAGUUUUACCGUUGUGGAUACAGUAGACCUUGAUGGGCGAGAAGGGAAAGAGACAAAAUUUUGGGAGCUUGGAUUUGAGGUUUCUGCGUAAUGGCGAUCUGUUGCACCUACCAUAGGUACCUAGG